AAUAUCGUCUUGUUUGAGUUUGACAAUCCGCUGUGUAAUUUUUUAGACCUUGCCCUUGUUCGUCGGCCGUUUCUACCAUCAGCUAGGGUGGCUGUUUCAGUUAAACAGUGUUAGUGUUUUAAGUUAGCAGAGGGUCAUGGCUCCAAAGGGAAACAGUAAAGCCAUAACCAAGAGUUGUCCUUCUUGUUCCAAACAUGUAGCAGUGGCCUGUAAGAACUGUCCCUGUGGUCAUAUAUUUUUUGUGGCUAGGAGAUCUUCUGCAUUGGUGUCUAAAAUGAAAGAGGAAGCAGAUCGUACAACUAGAGUCAGCCCACCUCCACCACCUGAUCCUACAACUUCAUCAAGAUUUCAGCCUGGGAUUAGACGGACAGAAAGGGUUAAAAGAGAUAAACCAGACUUCUAUAAUGCUUCAGAAUAUGACAAACAAAGAAAGCCAAAAUCUUCUAGACAACGACUAGCAGCAAGUGUCAGCGAAGAUAGGGAUGACCUUUUAGGGGAUGAAUCUGACCAGGCAACUGGAAACAAGAAAGGAAGAGGAAGGCGUAAGAGAAAGAGAAAUCUUGCAGGAGAACUGAUAGAUGAAAAAAAAAUAGAAGAUGAUGAAGCAGGCCCCAUUCUUCCUGCCCAUAAACAGUUAUGUCUGGGCAUUAAUCUUUGUGAAAUUAACCGUAAACUUGUUGCAGUCAACCCUAUCUUCUGAUUCCAUUUUCAAAUAAAAUGACUGAAAGUUUGGACCAUUUAAAUAAAUAAUAAAUUUUGAUAUUUUCUAACAA